GCCAUGUUCCUUUCAGACUGCACUUGGAGAUGUGAACCGCUACACCCAAAAUGCUUCCAGUCACUUGGCGAUUGCGUGGGGUUCUGCCUCUUGCUGUUUAGCAAAAGAAGGAGUUUAAGGAGCCACCCCUGCAAUUUACCCACAUAGUUCCAGCACGGCCAACAGACAGUGUCUGACAGAGAGGAGCUGCGGCCAUCUGAGGAUAAACCACUGUGAGCGGCUCUGAUGCUAAAGUCAAGCUAGAAGACUUUGAUUCCCAGAUACGAGGCAAACCUGAUUCAUGAAAUGGAUUGAAGCUGAAAAAUCAUUGACACCUUUUUCUGUGAAUUUGAGAUGACUGGGAUGGUCUCAGGUGCACGGGAGUAGACUCUAACUGCAGCAAUGAGUUCAGACGAGAAGGGCAUAUCCCCUGCUCAUAAAACAUCCACUCCAACCCAUAGAAGUGCCUCCUCUUCAACAUCCUCCCAGAGGGAAAGUAGGCAGAGUAUCCACAUCCUGGAGAGGACUGGUUCCUCUAGCACCGAGCCCUCCGGAAGUCGGCAUUUGCUAGAACCGGAGCCAGUCCCCCUCUCCAAGGAAGCUGACAGCUGGGAAAUUAUAGAAGGGCUGAAAAUAGGCCAAACCAAUGUCCAGAAACCAGACAAACAUGAAGGCUUUAUGCUGAAGAAAAGAAAAUGGCCUUUAAAAGGCUGGCACAAGCGAUUUUUUGUCCUGGAUAAUGGAAUGCUAAAAUAUUCAAAGGCACCUCUUGAUAUUCAGAAGGGGAAGGUCCACGGGAGCAUAGAUGUCGGGCUGUCUGUCAUGUCGAUUAAAAAGAAAGCUCGGAGGAUAGACCUUGACACAGAAGAGCACAUCUAUCACUUGAAGGUGAAAUCCCAGGACUGGUUCGACGCCUGGGUCUCCAAACUGCGCCACCAUCGCUUGUACCGGCAGAAUGAAAUUGUGAGGUCGCCGAGAGAUGCCAGUUUUCACAUAUUUCCUGCAGCCUCCACAGCCGAGUCCUCCCCAGCUGCUAAUGUUUCUGUUGUGGAUGGAAAGGUGCAGCCGAACAACUUUCCGUGGCAGUCCCCGCUCCCAUGCAGCAGCAGCCUCCCUGCGAGCUGUACGACCGGCCAGAGCAAGGUGGCAGCCUGGCUGCAGGACUCCGAAGAAAUGGACAGGUGUGCAGAAGAUCUUGCACACUGCCAAUCAAACCUUGUGGAACUUAGCAAACUCCUACAAAAUUUGGAGAUACUUCAGAGAACUCAGUCAGCACCUAACUUUACUGACAUGCAGGCUAACUGUGUAGAUAUUUCAAAGAAAGACAAGCGGGUCACAAGACGCUGGAGAACAAAAAGUGUCAGCAAAGAUACAAAAAUACAACUGCAGGAAGGGCCACCCGCGAAGGGCCAGUUCAGCACAACCCGGCGCCGGCAGAGGCUAGCGGCAGCAGUGGCUACCACAGUCCCUUUCAGUGCCACCAUGUCACCAGUUCGCCUGCAUUCCUCCAACCCCAACCUUUGUGCAGAUAUUGAAUUUCAGACUCCCCCUAGCCACCUCACUGACCCUCUGGAAAGUUCAACAGACUAUACAAAGCUGCAAGAAGAAUUUUGUCUAAUUGCACAGAAAGUGCAUUCUCUUUUGAAGUCGGCAUUUAACAGCAUAGCCAUAGAGAAAGAGAAGCUGAAGCAGAUGGUUUCCGAGCAAGACCACAAUAAAGGCCACAGCACGCAGAUGGCCCGGCUCCGGCAGUCACUGUCUCAGAGUGAAGGAGCAAGCAAAUCCUGGGCACUCAACCAGAACGCUGAACUAAGGAGUCGGUUGAACAGAAUACACUCAGAGUCUAUUAUUUGCGAUCAGGUUGUCAGUGUAAAUAUUAUUCCUAGCCCUGAUGAGCCUGGUGAGCAAAUCCAUGUCAAUCUCCCCUUGUCCCAGCAAGUAGCCAAUGAGAGCCGCCUCUCCAUGUCAGAAUCUGUAUCUGAGUUCUUUGACGCCCAAGAGGUGCUGCUGUCUGCAAGUUCAUCAGAAAAUGAGGCCUCAGAUGAUGAGUCUUAUAUCAGCGACGUGAGUGAUAAUAUCUCAGAAGACAACACCAGUGUUGCAGACAAUAUUUCUCGGCAAAUCCUCAACGGGGAGCUCACGGGAGGCGCCUUCCGAAACGGGCGGCGCACGUGCCUGCCCGCCCCUUGCCCCGACACCAGUAACAUUAACCUGUGGAACAUCUUGAGGAACAACAUCGGCAAAGACCUGUCGAAAGUCUCCAUGCCUGUAGAGCUCAACGAGCCACUCAACACUCUGCAGCAUCUGUGCGAGGAGAUCGAGUAUAGCGAGCUCCUGGACAAAGCUUCAGAGACCGAUGAUCCCUACGAGCGCAUGGUUCUCGUUGCUGCAUUUGCGGUUUCAGGCUAUUGCUCCACCUAUUUCAGGGCAGGAAGUAAGCCAUUCAACCCAGUCCUGGGGGAAACUUACGAAUGCAUUAGAGAAGACAAGGGAUUCCGAUUUUUCUCUGAGCAAGUUAGCCAUCAUCCACCCAUAUCUGCUUGUCACUGUGAAUCAAAGAAUUUUGUGUUUUGGCAAGAUAUCAGAUGGAAAAACAAGUUCUGGGGGAAGUCGAUGGAAAUCCUGCCUGUCGGCACACUGAAUGUCAUGCUUCCAAAGUACGGAGACUACUAUGUGUGGAAUAAGGUCACCACAUGCAUUCACAACAUUCUCAGUGGGAGAAGAUGGAUAGAGCAUUAUGGAGAAAUAACCAUUAGAAAUACCAAAAGCAGUUUUUGUAUUUGCAAACUCACAUUUGUCAAGGUGAAUUACUGGAAUUCCAAUGUGAAUGAAGUGCAGGGGGUCGUGAUAGAUCAGGAAGGGAAAGUAGUGCACCGGCUGUUCGGGAAGUGGCAUGAAGGACUGUACUGCGGCGUGGCCCCCUCCGCUAAGUGCAUCUGGAGACCAGGUUCCAUGCCAACCAACUAUGAGCUCUAUUAUGGCUUCACACGGUUUGCUAUUGAGCUCAAUGAAUUAGAUCCUGUACUGAAAGAUCUCCUCCCACCAACAGAUGCCCGAUUCCGGCCAGAUCAAAGAUUUUUGGAAGAGGGAAAUUUAGAAGCUGCAGCAGCAGAGAAGCAAAGAGUAGAGGAACUCCAGAGGUCUCGAAGACGAUACAUGGAAGAAAACAACCUUGAACAUAUACCAAAAUUUUUUAAAAAAGUUACUGAUGCGAAUCAAAGAGAAGCCUGGGUUUCUAACGACACCUAUUGGGAGCUUCGAAAGGACCCCGGGUUUAGCAAAGUAGACAGCCCUGUUCUUUGGUAACCUGAGAAUGUAGAGCUAGCCCACCUAUCACACUCUGAAUGAAUAAAUAACUAUGCACAAUUAUGUUUCUUAUAGCUACGCAAGGUUUCUGGGUUCACUGAAAACCUACCAUUUGCUUUUCUAUUCAUCUUUAUAACGGACUUUCAAAAGUGCAUUAGACAAGGCCCCUAACCACUUUUGGAUCCUUUCUGUUUUGCUGCAACCAUAUUCCUUAAAAAAAAAAAAAAAAAAAAAAAAGGCAACCCCACACCCUCCUCGGAAAGGAGAAAAUGAGCAGAAUAUAAAAUCCAAAGUCUGAAGGGUUUGUAAAGAAAAACAAACUGUAACUGGUGCUUAACGCUGAACAAGAGAGUUAAACACAACAUAUAAACCACAUGUUUGGCCCAUUGUCUGGAAGAGACAUCCCCUUCUCUGGAAAGAGCUCCCAGGCCACAGCAGUCGGUCAGUUCAGACUUCAAGUGUGUUUUUGAUGUGGUGUGCUGGCCUUGUCAAAAGGGCGGGAUGCUUCCCAAAGCCUGUUCCAUCUGUAUGCCGUUGUUCAUGCCUUAAGAAAUGCAAAGAUGUACAAUAAACCAUUUUUUAAAUGUGUGCUCAUAGGUUCAUGGGAAGGACAGAUCUUUUGGAUCAUGGCAUGAUUCACUUUCUUAAUCCAAACAAUGAUUGAACUAACAAAUGGAUUUAAGAAGUGAACAAAGUGUGCUUAACUUGGCAAAGUGAAUUACUGUAUGGUAUACCUGAAGGGCGUAAAGGAAAAGGUGUGCUCAGCAGAUCUCUGUAUUCACAGUGUGUAUUAAGUUCCUGUCUUGUGUCCAGAUAGCAAACCGCCCCUCUUCCACCGAACCUCACAGUUUGCCCUAUGGUUUGGCAAAAUCUGUUUCAUUUGGACAUUUGUCACCAGUGUUAAAACUUUGGAGGGGAAUGCCAAGUAGCAUAUGGAAUUUCAGUGUGGGCUCGGGACUGUAAACAGCCCCUGUUUCUGAGUGAUGCACAGUGCGACACACAUCUCUCACCCACGGCCACCUCAUUGCCGCUAUUCCCGUUCCACUGAGAACAGAAUCGAGAAUGCUAGUAGCUUAUUUGCAUUGUUACAGUGGGUUCUAUGCAAAAUUAUAUUUCUUCUUUUUAUCAAGCAAUUCCAUAUGGUACAUGACUACAUAUUAGGAACUUACCUUGCUAGGAGCAGAGAUAAUAAAACUUAGGCUGAAGAGUUCAUCCAUCCCACUGGGGGGAGGGCAGAAGUACGUUUCACAUACUGCAGGAUUUGUUUUUCCUCUGCAAUAUACAGAAGCUUUCCUAGGAAACUUGCAUUAGUGUUCCUAAGUUUCUGCAUGUAGAUAACUAUAUAAAAUGCCUGUAUUUUUUUUAAAUCUCUCAAAAGAGAUUUUCCUAGAGAAUUAUAAAAUUACAUAUAUUUUAUUGUUAGAUUUUUAUUCUUAGAUUCUUACCAUCUGAAUUUAAGUGUUACUUUAAACCCUGGUAAUAUGGCUACUGACAUUUUAUACUGACUUAUGCAGUCUUGAUUUUAGUGUUAUUUCUCCUCACUGCAGCAUUCCUAAUAAUGGCUAAUACACCACCAAACAAAAAACUGCCGAUAAGAAUGUCAGGGAAAACUCUAAAAUUUCCUCUAGAUGGAGCAAUAUUUACUUAUCCAAAAUUCAUCCCUCCUUUCAUUCAAGUAAUUAUAUGAUGUGUGCAGUUUGCGUAAGUUUAGAAUGGAAUUUCAUUCUCAAAUUCUCUAACCCAUCGCCAAAUCUGAGCAUCCCCUUAAGCAGCCCCUUCCUGUGCAUCUCAAAUCUUCUAACUCUCGCUUUAAAUCUGUGUGUGGUUCCCUCCACGGCUGUAAAUGCCUCCCUGCCAUCAGUGCUCUUCCUGUUCAUUCAUUCAUCUUGCCAUCCUUUGAUCUGCAUCCUCAGAUACAUCCCUUUAAUUUUAAUCUAAAUUUAAUUAGAAGAUACUGACCUCCUCACAGAAAUCCGUUCCCUUUUGAUUGGUACCGCUUACGGUACUAUUUAGAGUGGUUUUAGCCUGGACUUGCAUUUUCCUGAACAGUCUCAAAAUAGCAUUGAUACAAGAACCCUUCAAAGUGAAGGUAUUGUGGGUAGAGAAUAGCGAGGGGAGGCAGCAAGUGACAGAUGUGACACCAGUGAGGAAGCUGGAGGAGACCCCGGCCCGUCAGGGAAGCGAGCAGUGCACCUCGGAUUAUAACUGAGAAAAUGAGAAGUUGUAGACAGGGCCUUGAUUAAAUAAAUUCAGCCUGCAGAAUGUUGAUCAAAGCUAAUUUGUAACUCUGAUUAGGAUUUCAACGUGAGAAUGAGAAAAAUGUCAAAUUAAUUAAAGUCACCAUGUUUUAUAUCAGAUUAGAAUGUCUUUUGGGACUUAUAUACCCUGAUUAUUACCAUUCAAUGGUCAAUAAAGUUUGAAAUAAUACUCCUGUAACACCUGAUUGACUUACGUUCCCCAUCGAACACUCAUAUUGGUAUAACAGUCCCAUCCUCUUUUUCAAUUUUUAUUGACAAUGAUGCUUAUAGAAUUAUGAGACUUCCUCAUUGGAAUUUUCAUCUGUAUACUCAGGCUUUAGGGACUAAACAGUAAGGGAUACAAUAUUAGAUCAUUCUGUUGAUAAAACCUGAGGUAUUCCGUAGAAUUUUAUAUAAAGCUUUUUAUUUCAGGGACAUUUUUGUUUUCUUUAACCCUAAAAUGAGGUAGGAUAGGGGAGGACUUGACAUUUCUUAACACUUGUCCCAUGAGUUACUUAAAAGCACCUUCCUCUCCUUUGAGACGGUCAUUUAGGAAAACGACUGUAAGUGGUAGUGACCCUACAGACCGAGCAGAUUGGUGGUAUGCACCAGCGUGUGGAGAACCCAUGGGAAAUUAAGUAGUUUGAUCCUGAUCCUACUACACAAGGUGUGAUUUUAGUGUCUUAAUUCUCGGGGUUUUUCAAAUUAAGUUUAUUGGUACAUUUUAGGUAUACGUUAUGAUCACAUUCAUCAUUGGGAAUUUGUACCUGUACUUGAUAUGUUAUAUAUUGAUUCAUUAUUUUUUCAUAGAUUACUUUAAAAUAUCUUCCCCAUAAUUUCCAGGCAAUUGUAAAAAUAAACCUCACUUAAGGUACAUAUUUCAUGCUACCUAUUAAUUAUAUGUGUGGAGGAGGACCCAAAUGUAAUUUUCUGGGUAAGAAAAUAUUCCUUUCAAUACAAAGGAUGCCAAGUUGUCAAUUUUCCAAAGCUUUUGCUCUCUUGAUUAUUCUGGCCCCGUGCCUUCAGCAACUCCACUAAUCAAUCAUUAGAUCCUGUCCCAAGGACCAGGGGGAGGGGUUUAGGGAGGAAAACCUGAUUAAGCUGUUUCUGCUUAGUACUACUUACAGCUAUGGCUGGUGAAGCAUUUCUCAUCGUAAUCUAAAUUUUUGUUACUACCUUAUGGGUUUUAAUUAUCCAUCUUGUCUAAUCUUGUUCUCUGUCACCCUGGAUGAUGAAGUGCUUGUGGGGGUGUAGCUCCACACACACCAGGGGGUGUAAUAAAUGUUUGCACUUGGCGCAGUAUAUUACAAUGUGACACAGUAAAUAAAGUUUGUGUACAAAAUACUAGUUUAUUUCUAUGAGAGACCUUAUGUUCAGGAUAUAUAAAAUGUACCUAAUUAAAUCAUUAUGAAUCUAUUUUGUGCUCUAGAAAUGUUCUUUGGGGGAAAGAUGGAGACAAAAGUGUGUCAGUGGAACUAAGAAAAUACUCCAUAUCAAACCAAGAUUAGAUUUUCUAAGCCUUCAUUGAAUUUAUUUUGUUAAAAUUCAUAAUUUUGAACUGUACGUUGCAUGAAUCUUUCUCUUGAAUGGAACCUGACAUUGUUUAGGUUGUCUAAUACAUAACUUUUUAAGAACAUACAUUUAUUAUUUAAUGGUAAGACUUUUUCACAGCCUCUUCUUUUAGAUAAAGUGGCAAAUUGUGUAAGAAAGAUUUAGCUUUAGUUCUCUGAAACUGAGAUAUAAAGAAUGAAUUAUUUAAAAAUUGCUGUCAUUAACCAGCAUGCCCACUAUCUCAAGCGAAUGAAGUUUCAUGAUAAAGAAAGCUUACAGGUGGCUCCGGGAGAGAAGCACUUAUCUGCUGUGUGCAUCCUUUUGUUUCCCAAAUCAAUCUCUGACUUGAUUGAUUUUUCCAAGUCUUCUGAUCGUAGCUUAAUGAAGGGUAGGGAUACACAGGUCCAUUCUUUUCACAGCAUCUAUGCAAAGUUCCAGAAUUGUUCAAUAUUGGAAGCCAUUUCAUUUAAUCUCUUGAACACUACUAAUUUUUCACAGAUUAAAAGUUACCCCAUCAAUACAAGUUAUUAGUUAUUUUUGUAUGGCCAAAUUGAUAGGAAAAAAUAAUGUUGUUUUGUGUAAAUUGUUCUUUCUAGCAUGCCUUCUUUCUAAACAUGUUAGUUGCAGAUGGAAGAAUCUUAAGUUUUCAUAAAACAAGGUGUACUCCUGUUUGAGUCCCAUCUGUCUUCUAACAUUUUUUUAGCAGAGUAAGCAACUGCACUUACUUGUUAAAGAGCAAAUAAUGCUAACACUCCUCUUUCUUUUACCUUAGGCAUCUGCUCCCCUUUAGUUAUUCUCAUGCUCUUAGUGCUUCAAGAAUUAAAGUUGUUUUUAAGCUGCAGGUAUAGCUGACAUGUGAUAAGCUUCAUGUGUUUGAGCUGUACAACUUGAUACACUUGGACACCGCCAUAGUCACAAUAGUAAACGUAUCCGUCAUCCCCUGCAGUUUCCCCUGCCUGCAUAAUCUUUCCCCAUUCACCCUGAGGGAAUCAUAAACCAGCUUUUUUGUUUUUCACUUUUGAAAGGCUGCUUAUUUUCUUGUAUUUAUAGCUCUGAGAGUGUCCUGGAAGUCUUGAGUCUUGUGUGCUUAUAAAUAAACAUGCCUGCCAGCUCUUCCCAUGCCAUUACGCCUUUGUCAACCAUAAAGCAGUAAUACAUUACAAGAGGAAAAGGUUCCCAUUAAGAUCUAGUUCUGGUAGCCCAGUUAAAAAAACUUAAUUUGCUUAGAAAAACUGAACUCAUAUCAAAAUUGCCAUGUAAGUCAAUGGAUUGAUUUCCACGCUUUGCUAAUCCAAAAUAAUGUGCUGACUGGGGCUGCUCAGGAAGCCCUGGAAAGUGUUUUUGGUGUGUAAUGAAAGAAUUUCUGACAAAAACAUGAGCUGGGAGAAUGGCCCUUGAGAUGAUGCUUUCAUGAUGAUGAUCUGUGAAAUAGCCUCUGCUGAGCCCCACUUUUGGGUCAUCUUCUUUAAAAAAAUUAACCCUUUUAAACUGAGACAUACAAAUUAAACACGAAUGGGGUACCAUGUGAUGUUUCCGUACAGCUGUACAUUGUGUAAUAUUUAACUCACAUUAAACAUACCUGUCUCCUCAAACAUUGAUCAUUUCUUUAUGGUAAAAACUUUGAAAAGCCUUUCUCCUAGCUUUUUGAAAUGUGUACUAUAUCACUGUUACCUAUGGUCACCCUAAUGUGGUCAGACAUUUGAAAUUUCCUCAAAAGCAGCACUCAAAAAUGGAUGUUUUUCUAGGUCUUCAACUCCCCCACCCCCAACACAAAGUUACUGAGCCUAAUUUUGGAAGAGAAAUAGGAACUGUCAGAGUCUAGUGAACUGGAAGCCAUUUAGGUUGAAAGCUGAUUUUUGAGCCCCAAACCCUAUUAUUUGAAAGAAAACUCUCCAGAGGGGAUCAUAAUUAAUAUGAAAUGCUAGUGGAUAAAAAAGGCAAGGAUGAAUAAAAAAGAAAUGGAAUCUGACAAAGAAAAGUAGGUUCUCUGGGGAGAACAGGGGUCGUGCUCUGGGACCUUUGGAUGGAUCCUAGGUGGGCCGUGGGUUCUACUUAUAUAUUUCUUUACAUACAGAUUUAUCUGGCUUUUCUCCAAAGACUCCGAGUCACUAGAUUUAAGACCUGGGCCAAGAAUGCACGUUGUUUGACCCCUUCUAUUUCCAGGGAAUUUGCACCACAUGAAUGCUGCCUGGCACCCGCUCUGUUGUCCCUGCCCCAAACUCAGCCUUUGUUGUUCCAAUAGUGACACUCUGGUGUCAGUAAGACAGCCUGGUUCAAGAACCAAAAUCUAAUGAGAGCUCAGUGACCCGUGACUCACUUUGUGAAAGCGAGCUCAGUGGUCCGGUUCCAUGGAAUUUAAUUCUGAGUUUGAUGCAAGGUAGUCAGUGGCAACAUUUACACUGGUGUAUUUUGAAACUGAUGGAUAUUGAGCAAACGUUACCUUAAGGUUGGUAUUCUAAUGAUGAACGCUAGGGUGGGAACCUGGUAAACCAGGGACCAUUCAGUAAAUACCAUAAAAUACUUAGACUUUAAAUCCUCUAGCUGUAUAGGGGGAGAUUAUGAUUGACCAUAUAAAAGUGUGCUUUACUCUGUCCCAGUGCCAGUGCUGUAAUAUGGAGAUUAACGUCUGGGAGGGCGGAAUUAUAACACCUGAAAGACAAGAUUAGGAUUAGGCCAGGGAAAUAAAGUGCGUUCAUGGACACCAUAACCAGCCACGUAACCAAAAGUUUCUCCUUUAAGCUGUGGAUCACUCGCCCUCCAUUCCCAGGCAGGCUUUGUCUUGUCUCUAAGGGUAGUUUUCGAGGCCCAGAGGGGUGAAGGCAUGUCUGGCUAACAAAGCAGCUCACCCUUACUGUCCUCAUAAUGAGGUCUAGCAGCACAUUCUUUACCCAGGUCAAUUUCUUCCCCAAAGUGAAAACACUGUGAAAUUACUCUGCUUAUAUUAGAAGGUAUUUGCAUAUGGUCAUUUUGAGAUAGAAAAAAUUAAAUUUUAUGCUAGGUGUAGAAUGUCAAAGCAACUUUCUAUAGAAAGACAGCUUGUACUUAAAUUUCCUAAUGAAAGUUAGUUAUUCACUGAAAACAAUUGUCUAAUCUGUGUCAUCUCAAAAUAAGAAUCUCGCCUCCUCGAUGAAUGUUGUAUAAAGCAAUGUUACAUUUGUAACAGCACAGGAAAUUCAAUAAAUUUUUAAUUAUAUAAAGAGA